AUGAAAGCGUGCAAAAGGUUCAUCCACCUCCUAACAUUGCUCGUACUAGUCAGCGGCGUCUGCUCGGCUCGCGAUGAACUAAUUGAGGUGUACGAGCACAUCUGGACGCGCGCAUGCGGAAGUAGUGUAUCAUCACAACCCCAAGCACUCGGAUAUGAACAAGGUCUGGUAACCAAAGUCGAAGUGCGCAAACCACCCAACGGCCGGGGGUACGGGAUUUCGAUCAACAAUCCGUUGCCGAUCCCGGUGGGGGUCAGGGUCACCGUGGACGGCGAAGCUUUGCGCGAACUGCAGCAACCUGGUUAUGAAUACGCCCACGCCGUGUCACAGGAUACCCACGAGCCAGUCAGGCUCGCCGUUGUGCGCAGACUCCCGCACAAAGUAUUAGUUCAGUAUGCACUCAUGAAAUCAACUGCCGUUGAAUACUUUAUGAAAAAAGAGAAUGAUCCCUGGUGUUCAUAA